CAAAAACCAGCCGCUGUUUUUGUCCUCUAUAAAUAUUCUCAUAAAUUACCAAAAAAUCUCAAUCCUCAAUCCUCAAUCCUCACUGCUCCAAAGCUCCAUCAAAUCAAUCAUUCUACAAACAACGCAUAAACAAUUCAAGACCCACAUUCAUCGUUUCAAUUGCUUUCCUCCCAAUAUUAAAUUUGACGCCGGAGAUGAUGCUCGUAUCCGUACUGGCAGAGAUUCUUGAGGAGUACACGGUGGUGCUCUCCGACGUCCUCCGCCAGCUCUUUUACUCCGCCCCAUUUCCCCACCGCGUUCGAUUUCUCAUCCUUCAUAAUCUCCCUUUCGCCGAUCGCCCAACCGCCCUCGCCGCUUAAUUAGCCCCCCAUUUUUGUAAUUUGUAUGAUAAUUUUUUUCUGCUUCUUGUUCUUCUUUUGGUUUAAUCUGUUCUUUUGUUUAUGAAACGAUCUGUUGAAUUGUGUUGUUGUUUGAGAUUUUGGAUCUCUCUUUUCCUCUCUGCUUUGGAUCGGAGACUCAGGACUGAGAGCGAUCGAUGCCCACGAAUUCAUCGGCGGAUUUUAUUUUUCAAUUUUUUAUUUUUUUGAUAGCGAUAAGAAUUGAUAAAUAUGAGUAUUAAUUUAUGGUGGUUUGGUUUCUAUACAAUUCCAAAAUCUUCUAGCAACUUUUUGAAUGAUUAGCAAUAAAUUCCAUUGAGUUGAAUUGUU